AUGAAAUCAAUUAUUUUAAUUAUUUUAAUUCCAAUAAUUUCCAACUCAAUUUUUAAUGUUGAAAUUUUUGUUAAUGGUCAAACAUGUCCAGAUGAUAAUAAUCCAUGCACUGUUGCAUACAAUUUCUAUGGUAGUUGUUUUAAUGUACUUGAUCAAUGGGUAGAUUGUGAAUCAACAAAUGAAUAUAAACAAUGUGUUUCAAAUUGUAAACAAAGUCCAUCCCAUAGUGCAUGUGCAAGUGUAAGUUGUAAUUUUGAAACAUUUGCAUGUGAAUAUGGUCGUCAUUGGAAUGGUUGUGAUGAUUUAAAUAAAUGUACAAUUGAUUCAUGUAAUAGUACAUCAGGUUGUAUUCAUACAGCAGUUAAUUGUAAUGAUAAUAAUAAUUCAACAAUUGUUAAUUGUUUACAAACCUUUGGUUGCUCCUAUACUGUAAAUCCAGCAAUUAAUGGUGUAACUAGCUGUUCAACCAAUGCAAAUUGUAAUGAUAAUAGAGCAUGUACCACCGAUGUUUGUUCCAAUGGUAAAUGUCAAUACACUCUCAAUUGUGCCUCUGGUUAUGCUUGUAGUUCAAAUGGUCAAUGUUAUAUUGUUCCACAACCAACAAAUUAA